UACAGGUGCCAAAUUAUACACUUACUUCCUUGCCAAAUGUCACAGAAACUGCCUCACCAGAAGCAUAGACGCAUGAAAUCAGCCACCACUUGUCAAACUAUCUUCCUCGUCACCAACACGUUUCAGUUUCUGUCUCAGGAUAUUUAAAUUCACUCAUCCUCCCAUUACUCGUCUCACCAACAUUCCAAAGAGCUUUUUAAUCAGUUGCGCACCCUUCAAUUCUUAAGCCUAGAUUCCAGAAGCAACCAAAGAAAAUGAGCCAGGAACAAGCACGACCUCCUCAAUCCGACAGAGAUCCAAUCAAAUACGGUGACGUUUUCAAUGUGAAAGGAGAUUUGGCCUCCAAAACCAUUGCACCAAGAGACGCAGCCACCAUGCAGGCUGCUGAAAGCCGCGUCCUGGGAGAGACUCGGAAGGGUGGACCUGCCUCCACCGUGCAAUCCGCAGCAAGAGUGAACAUGAGAGAAGGUUUCAUUGGUGGUGAUGAUGCUACUGACGUCGCCAGAGACCCUGGCACGAAAGUUGCAGAAAGAAAUAUUGGUGAUGACCGUAUUAUCACUGAAAAAAUAGCUGGACAGGUGGUGGCGCAAGAUAUUGAACCAAGGGUGGAAAGGACGACUCCAGGGUCAACUCUUGACCCUGAGGUAGUCACAAUCGGCGAGGCUCUAGAGGCAGCAGCUAUUUCGGCGGGUGAAAAACCAGUUGACCAGAGUGAUGCAGCCGCUAUACAAGCUGCUGAGGUGAGAGCAACCGGAAUUAACGAGGUAUUACCCGGAGGAAUAGGUGCAGAAGCUCAGUCUGCAGCGAAUCUCAAUUUAAGGGCUAUCCGCGACGAAGAUAAGAUAACGCUGUCUGAUGUUCUAGGGGACGCCACAUCGAAGUUGCCAGCAGACAAGGCAGUAACGCGAGAAGAUGCUGAAGGGGUAAUUGCAGCGGAGGUCAGAAACAAGCCAGACAGGCAGGCAACGCCUGGAGGGGUGGCGGCGUCUCUUGCAGCAGCAACUAGGUUUUAUGGGAAUAAAUGAUAAUGAUAUGUAGUUAUGAGGAGAUGGAUGUAAAUAGGAGUUUCAAAGUGGGACAGUAUCAGACUUCUAUUGUCCCAAAAGAUGUAUGCUUGCAAUAAAACUAAUGAAGGAUCGAGUAGCAGG